UUCACUUACACAGCCGUCCGGCGCCCUCUCCCUCCAUUUGCCUAUCCCUUGGCUUCGCAGUCAGCGUGGGGACCGGUCAUGGCGGCUAACACUACUACUAAAUUCUUCGCUCUUUCGCAGUCUUUCAGUGUGUCUGACAUUAUCGUGAUCGGAGCGUAUUUUUUGCUCAAUGUCGCAGUCGGAAUAUGGUCAUCUUGCAGAGUAAGCAGAAACACUCUUAAUGGCUACUUCCUGGCUGGCAGGGACAUGGCAUGGUGGCCUAUUGGAGCGUCAAUGUUUGCCAGCAGUGAGGGGUCAGGGCUGUUCAUCGGCCUGGCUGGAACAGGGGCUGCAGGGGGCAUCGCUGUGGCUGGCUUUGAGUGGAAUGCAACAUAUGUCUUGCUGGCUCUUGCCUGGAUCUUUCUCCCAGUUUAUGUGUCUUCUGGGAUUGUCACGAUGCCGGAGUAUCUGGGCCGGCGCUUUGGGGGAGAGAGAAUUCGCAUGUACCUGUCAGCUCUGAGCCUGAUGUUGUCUGUGUUUACCAAAAUCUCAACAGACCUGUAUUCUGGAGCAUUUUUUGUCCAGAUAUGUUUGGGCUGGAAUCUCUAUGUCUCCACUGUCCUGAUGCUGGUGGUGACCGCACUUUACACCAUUGCAGGUGGGUUAGCAGCUGUGAUCUACACGGACACCCUCCAGACCUCCAUCAUGAUCAUUGGUGCAGUGAUCCUCACCAUUACAGCAUUUAACAAGAUCGGUGGCUACAAUGAGUUGGAACGUAUGUAUCUGCAAGCUGUGCCAUCUAAGAUCAUCCCAAACACAACCUGUCACCUUCCGCGGCCUGAUGCUAUGCACCUGUUCCGAGAUCCUGUGGACGGAGACCUGCCCUGGCCAGGCAUGACGCUGGGCUUGACCAUCAUCGCUACCUGGUACUGGUGCACUGACCAGGUGAUCGUGCAGAGGUCUCUUUCCGCCAAAAAUCUGAGCCAUGCUAAAGGAGCGUCCAUCUUUGCAAGCUACCUGAAGAUGCUACCAAUGAUCUUCAUCGUCCUACCCGGCAUGAUCAGCAAGGCACUAUACCCAGACUCAGUGGGCUGUGUGGAUCCUGAGGAGUGUAUGAAGGUGUGUGGAGCGGAGGUUGGCUGUUCCAACAUUGCUUUUCCCAAACUGGUCAUCGAGCUUAUGCCUAGUGGCCUGCGAGGCUUAAUGAUUGCAGUGAUGAUGGCUGCUCUGAUGUCAUCACUGACCUCCAUCUUUAACAGCAGUAGCACGCUAUUUACCAUGGACAUCUGGAAGAAAUAUCGGAGGGGGGCGAGUGAGAAAGAGCUGCUGUUAGUUGGCAGGAUUGUGACUGUUAUUCUGGUGGUAAUCAGUGUGGUCUGGAUCCCAAUCCUGCAGAGUGCCAACAGUGGCCAGCUCUAUGUUUACAUCCAGUCAGUGACCAGCUACCUGGCUCCUCCUGUUACUGCGAUAUUUGUGAUGGCUGUAUUCUGGAAAAGAACCAACGAGGCGGGAGCUUUCUGGGGGUUGAUGGUAGGCCUGGCCGUUGGGGUCACGAGGAUGGUCCUGGAGUUUGCCUUCCCACCCCCUCGUUGUGGUGUAUUUGACCCCGCCCCCUCUGUCCUGAGGAGUGUCCACUAUCUCCACUUCGCCAUCAUCCUCUGUCUCCUUACGAUUAUUGUCGUUGUAGUGGUCAGCCUCCUCACACCUCCACCCACCGAGGAACAGACAUGUAAUCUCACCUGGUGGACCCUCAAGAACAAUGCUGACAGAGAUAUACCACUACAGAAAAUAUCUACACCCAGUCGCAGAACAGAAGGGUGUGAGUCUGUGCGCAGGGGGAAGUGUGUGCGUGCUCCUGGGUUUUGUAGUCCUCGGCCUAGCCGCAGUUCUCCAGGGACUCCACCUGCCGUCAUACACAGCAUCAGAGAAGACCCCUUCUGGUCCCGGUUCUGUUGUGUCAAUGCGAUUAUUCUUAUGUGUGUUAAUAUCUUCCUUUAUGCUUAUUACGCAUAA